AGUCACUGGCCCCGCCCACAGCGGAAGUAGUCUUACAAAAGUGCUGCCUGGUGGAGGUCAGCUCGCAGUUCUGAGGAAGACGCUUGAGAAGUUAACGUGUGACGUCAGAACAGACCGCUGGGGAAAGUAAAUGAACAAGAAAUCCGGCGCUAAAAGUGUUUCUGAAACACUGGCAUGUGGAAAGAGCGACGGUAGAUGGACCUUCGCUGUCAUUCGGAUUAGUAAACGCAAGUUUUCGUGAUAAGGGCAAUAUGUCUCGUAAGUUGCACGCGAGAAGAAUUGAAGGAAUUGACAAGAAUAUAUGGGUUGAAUUCAGUCAGCUGGCUGCUGACUAUAAGGCUGUGAACCUGGGUCAGGGGUUCCCUGAUUUCUCCCCUCCUCAUUUCAUUCAGGAGGCCUUCUGCAAAGCCCUGAAUGGAGGUUUCUCCAAGCACCAGUACACACGUGCUUUUGGCCACCCAAAUCUUGUGAAGAUCCUGGCCAAAUUCUUCAGUAGGAUUGUUGGCCGGGAAAUAGACCCAAUGGAGGAUAUCUUGGUUUCUGUAGGAGCAUAUCAAGCGCUUUUCUGCACCUUCCAGGCUCUUAUUGAUGAGGGCGAUGAGGUGAUUAUUGUGGAGCCCUUCUUUGACUGUUAUCAGCCAAUGGUAAUGAUGGCGGGCGGAACAGCUAUAUAUGUGCCCCUUAAACCAAGGGAAGGCUGUGGUCCUGUUCUAUCCAGUGCUGACUGGGUAUUGUCUCCUGAAGAGCUGGCGAGUAAAUUUAGUCCUCGUACCAAAGCCAUUGUCAUUAACACUCCUAAUAACCCUCUUGGCAAGGUCUAUCAGCAGGAGGAACUUCAUAUGAUUGCUGACUUGUGCAUUAAACAUGACGUCAUUUGCAUCAGCGACGAGGUAUACGAGUGGCUCACAUAUGAUGGAACAAAACAUGUGAAAAUUGCCAGUCUGCCAGGUAUGUGGGAACGCACUGUAACCAUUGGGAGUGCAGGCAAGACUUUCAGUGCCACAGGAUGGAAGGUGGGGUGGGCAAUGGGACCAGGGCAUAUCCUGAAGCACUUAAAAACCGUCCAUCAGAACUCAGUGUAUCACUGUGCCACAGCUGCCCAGGAGGCUGUAGCAGUAGGUUCUCAGAGAGAAUAUGAUGUGUUUGGAACAGAGGGAAGCUAUUUCCAACAGUUACCCAAACAUCUUCAUGAAAAGCGUCUGAGGCUGGCAGAUUGUCUGAAGAGUGUUGGCCUAAAACCUGUCCUACCCCAGGGAGGAUACUUCAUGAUCGCAGACAUCUCAAAUCUUAAUGUUGACCUUGCCGACCCUAGUACAAAAGAUGAACCCUAUGACUACAGAUUUGUGAAAUGGCUCAUAAAAGAGAAGGGACUGGCCACUAUCCCUGUGUCUGCAUUCUUCAGCCCGGAACACAAAGACGAAUUCCAGAAAUACAUCCGAUUCUGCUUCGUAAAGGAGGACUCAACCCUGCAAGCAGCAGAGGACAUACUGAGGCAGUGGAGUGACAGCAAAUGAAAAUUCUAAAUUAAGACAGUACAGGCCUUGCACAGACUGAAAAAUCAGAAAAUCAAGAGAACCACUUAUUGUGAAAUAAAAAGUAAUUUUGUUUGUUGAUUUUAAAUAUUAAAUUUGGUGUAAUGAUUUGUGUGUCAAAACCUUUUGAACAUUUCCAGCACAUUAUAACAAUACCAUGAUAAUACUGAUAACCAUGAUCAUUUUGGUCACUAUAAUAAUUUCAUACAGUUUCAUCUCUACUCUGGUGUAUGGUAAACAAUGGUGUCAAUAUUGACUUGUCAGUUUGAGCCUGGAUGUUUCAGAAUGGUAUGUUUUGUUCAUACUUUUAGAUAUACUGUUAUUUGUAAUUGCUACUGCUGUUUGUUUGCAUUUGAUGUACGGUUUUAUCCCGAUUAAAGCUUUAUUACAGCAGAAUA